UGAAUCCAAUGAGAUCAGAAGGAGUCUCCGCGUCUGAUCCACGUCACGAAGACGAACAGAGAACCUGUGGUGUAGAAACACGGACACUGAUACACACACGAGCAGAUGAAUCGUAUGAAACACGGGGACUGAUAUACACAUGAAACACGGCUGAACAGACACUGUGUGUGUGUGUGUGUUAAAACUUUGGCGCGUUUGCAGAUGGACAAACCUGAGCGGACGCGGAGCACGCGAGGAGAAAACACGCAUUGAGGAUGUUUUUCAGCUCUAAUGGUUGAUUUUUGGCCAAUAAGAGGCUGUUCAGAAGCUCUGAACUGUAAUGAAGCUCGGCUGCAUCAGGCUUUUUGAAUCAUGGCAGUCUAUUGGACUCUUGGCAAUAAUUCUCACCUACUGCUGAAUCACCACCAGUUAAGUGAUCCAGCCAGCACUAGGCUACAAUGAGUGGAAAACUGGCCCUCAACAAGCAAGUCUUCGUUCCCAACGAUGAACGGAUGCUGGCUGCCGUGCAGGUGAAGAGAAGGACGAAGAAGAAAAUCCCUUUCUUGGCAGUAGGUCAGGGGGACUACACCACAUUCAUUUGCUUAUCAGUGACCAAUAAGAGACCAGCACAGGUUAAUAUCACUAAAGUGAAGCAGUUUCAGGGCUCGCCGUCAUUUGUGAGGCGGUCACGGUGGAGCAUCAUUCAGCUACGUGAGGUGAACGCUCUCGACUCCAUCCGAGACUGUCCAGAGUUUGACCUGACGUUUGAGAAUGGAUCAGACCAGUGGACCGCCGGCUCAGCCGGAGAGAAGAGCAUGUUUAUCCAGAUCCUCCAUCACACCUGUCAGCGGUACAUGUCUGAGAGAAAACCCGACUUUAUCAACUGUCACCCCAAACUCAUUGGAGGUAACAGCCUCCUGCACAAUGCAGCAGACAGUGUGAGCAGCGCCGUACAGAAGGCCAGUCAGGCUCUGAAUGAACGCGGCGAGAAACUGGGGCGAGUCGAGGAGAAGACGGGCGAGAUGAUGAACAGCGCCCAACAUUUCGCCGAUACAGCACACAAGCUCGCCAUGAAGCACAAGUGUUAAGACGUUUUGGGAUGUUUGGGGUACGGUUUCUCUGCUCAACAUCUACUGUCAGAGACUGUUAUGUGGAUUUGCAUAAAAUGUCAUGAACCGUUGAGGACGUUGUACGUCAGGCUGUGACUUAAGAUUUUAACAUAUGAUGGUUAAUCUUCUAAUGGUGGAUGGAGUUUACUAAUCACUUCUAACGUAUUCUAGUCUUGUCAUCGUAACUUGCUAAUGAUAUUUUUAAAAGAUCCCAACAGAUCGUCCUUUGAAAGAGUCUUUUAAAAUGUCUGCUGGCCAAGGUUUUCUUAAAAUGAUUUGUGUUCUUGUUUAAUACGAUGUGUUUGAAAAGUGCCAUCACAGAAACAUUUUAUAGUAACAUUGGUUUAUAAAGCCAACCCAAAACGUUACAUCAUUUAGUUUGUUUUAGUCGCCGUAAAUAAUGUAUUUUGCUGAUUUAAUUUUAUUAUUCAAAUAAACAGGAAUUGUAAAAGGCUCAUUAUAAAACGGUCAGUUCUGGUCCUUGAUUCUGAUUGGCUGAGCGGAGUUCUAAGCUGUUAUAAAAUACCCCAAUAUAUAACGGCUGACCUCACCACAUAGCCUAAAUAUCAUUUUAUUUACUUUAUUUUAUGAAACCUUGCUAAGCAUAUGGAAUAACCGUUUUAUAAAAGCAAUAAGCCCCGCUUCGCGUCGUGCCACAACGCCCUUAGCUGUUAUAAAAUGCACUGUAACCCACUGCUUCGGGGGCUUAUUGCUUUAUUUGAAAAUGCUGUGAAUCUUAAAGAUGUGGAGUUUAACUUAUAUCUAUUCUUAACCAAUCUGAUCUCACAGGAAUUUAUCAAUAUUCUAGGCGGCGGCGCUAAUUUGUAUGAAUUGGUACAAAAUGUACGAUUAUUAGAAAAAAAGCAAUAAUGAAGCCAAACUGUUAACCCCUUGCCAAAGCUAUUGUACUGUAUGAAUUGGAUGACUUUAUAUGAAUUCAUACGAAUUAUCCACCUCAUAAAAUACUUAUUAACUGUCCUGAGAUUGUACUUGUGUGAGACCUAUUCAUGACAGAAAAAUGUUACAUUACUGUAUUCAUAAGCAAAAAACAGAGUUUAGCUUUACGCCAAUUUCAAUAUAAAUAACAGUAUUGAAAGAGUUUCCAUCUAUGACCUCCAAUUGACAGCUUUUUCUCAUUAUUUGGUCCAAGUCAUCCAUAACAUUUUUUUAAGAAUAAAGUUUUUAGUUUGUUAUGAAAUGACAAAUUUGUACAAUUGCAUUUUGUCUAUAGAACUCAUUUGAAACAUUUAAUCAUACAGCUUUAGAUCAAAAGUUGUUUUUAGAUCAGGGUCAUGUUAAAGAAACUUCUCAAGUUGAAUUUUUGAAAUAGGAAAUUGAAAUCACUGUGAUUUCUAAACGGAUAGAAUUCUAUACAGAUGGAAUACUGAGUUAGGAUGUUUCUGCAAUACACGGUCACGUUUCCUUGCUCUGUAGAUCCUUCUCAGAUGAUGCUGGAAUAACAUACUGUACAUCGUCAGAUUUAGCACACACAUGUGGAAUCUCUGUCUGUUCCAGUGCUGUCAAUACUGACAUUCAAGUACUGUUUGCAAUUCCGCUUCUUCAACUCGAGGCGUUAUUCAACAAAUAACAUUUGUAAUAAAAACAUCUGUUUAAAAUUGGAAUCAUGUGACAGUGAAGCGUUUUCACGGAUGGUCUCUGUGUGUUUUCAUUAGAUCUGUGCUACUGUAUAAACACAUGCUCUCACACCGCAAAAAUGCCAAAACAUUAACUCCCACAUUUUCAUCAUCGUCUUGGGAAAUUCGGAUGAUCUCUGAGAACUGAGAAAAAACACCUGCUUUCUCACAGCUUUUCAAAAUAUGCAGAUAUUAAAAGACUCCCUUUAUUUUUCAUCAUUAUGUGCCUGUGUGUCUUUUUAUAAGAGCACACGUGAAACACAUGGCUAACAUAAUAAAAUCAACUUUUUUCUUUAUACAUUCUCAUCAAUAAUUUUUCAUACGUCUAAAUGUGUUUAAUGUAUUUGAGUGCAAAUACAUUAAAGGAAUGAAAGUGACCAAAGUUUUGUCAGUAUUGUACCAACAGUAGCUCCUGUAUCACAGCAAAAUGCAUGAAUUCAUUGUUAAAAACGGACUAAAGUAAAAUGCAAUAAACAUGCAAUGUAUUUGCAUUUGCUUAAGAAUAUUUACAGAGACAACUAGAUAUAAAUCUACAACAAAACAUGGCUUAUUACCUUAAGUAAGAAAAUGCACUGCAUUAAAAGUUUUUAUUCUUGAA